AUGAAAAGCGCCGCCAUCAUCGUCGCCGUGGUACUCACUCAAGCGUCCCUGGCCACAUUCUGCGCCGCAUCCGCAUAUCUUGGAGCAGGGCGACCUGGUAGCUGCACCGGACAAAAUCUGAGUUAUGGGAACUCGACUCGACCUGGGGUUAGCGAGUGUUUUGAAGCAAUCAACGGUGCCUGUGGCUUAGUUACGGAUCGAACUGUUGGAGGAGGCUGCAAUUGCACCGUCAAUUUCUUCUCUGGUAGUGACUGUAAUCGCACUUCUGUGGGGUCUCUGCAAUGUAAUAGGGUUGGUGCAUCACUGCAAGUCAACUGUGAUCACUUCAAUAUUCGCUGCCCUGAAGAUUGA